UUGCAUGAUUAUAUCCUCAGCCAAGUAGCCGAGAUAAAUUAUCAUUGAAUUUGAGGAAAUUUUUGGCAAAAAAAGGUCUACUGCCAUCAAGGUUCCCCAUACCUUGACGAGGUUACAACAAAUCAUUUGUUUUGCGUGAUUGGACGGAGGGCGAACGAACAUUUUUCUGCAUCUGCAUCUGUCAAAGUUUGGACCACAUCGCCCGACGCCGAAUCCCCCCGACGUUUACAGCUUGCUUUCCCACGGGUUAUUACUCGACCUUUUGGCACCACCAAAGUCGAGCUCACAAACCGACAAACCAAAAGCGGCGAUAGCAGUAUGUAUCGAAAGUGUCGAUUUCGGCCCUGACUAGCUUCGUUCUCCUGGUUGAGCUUGGUUGGUGGUGGCUAGGUAGUUGAAGCAGAAUUACGUAGGGCCCGCGCCAUUGGAAAUCCAUCCCAAUCCCAAAAGCGAUGGCGGGCAGAUGGGGUUCAUAUCUCCAGUCGGCCGUCACCGGACUAGAAGCCCGGCUCGACACCAUUCUCGCCGAAGAGACGGACGCCAACAAGAACAGUAACAAGCCCGCACAAGCCGCUGCUACUGCUCAACAAACGACGGGGGCUUCCGACACGGCCCCCGCGGCAUCACCUGCGGCGGCUCCUGCUUCUGAGACGUCUUCGUCCACAAAACCGAGUCCAACACCAUCUAGAUCCGCAUCCACGAACCGAAAGCCCGAUCGACUACAGGAGAGACUUGCGAGGGCUGUCGCUGCCAAAAAUGCCGCAGCCGCCCAGAAGCCGGACACAUCGUCCGCCAAACAUUCCGCGACAUCAAGUCCACGCCAAAGCAUCGAUGUGCCUGCUCGCGCCUCCAUAGACAGCGUCGACUCGAGCUCAAUUGUGGGCCAGAAAGGACCAGGAAGCACCUCCUCCCCGCGUACAUCGCUUGAUGUCACCAAGCGCCCGUCUGUGGAAGUUACAAAUGCCGAAACGAAGCCUGUAGCAGAAGCUGAGGGAAUUGAGGCUCAAGCUGAGGAGAAAGAAGAUGAAGAAAAGCUUGGAGGAUCGACUGUGCCCGAGGCUGCUCCAAGGCUGUCUACGGAAUCUUCAACACCGGCGCAAGAAACGACAGCAACGGAAACGACUGUUGAGACCGCAAAGCCUGAAGUGCAAGAUUCCAUGACCCCCGACACCAGGACAAGUCUCGAUCAGCAGCCAGACUCAACCUCGGCCGACGCGCAAAGGCAAAACCAAGAAGAGAUCCACGAAUACGUCGAAAAGAUUGAUGCUCUUCAGGCAAAGCUACAGUACCUGGCGCGAGAAGCAGCCGAAGCAGCCAAGAAGGCGAUUCAGGCGGCGCCCCCCGGCAGCCUGGAGAAGAAGUUGGCCGAGAAGGACCAACAGAUAGCGCUGCUCAUGGAGGAAGGCAAGAAGCUCGGAGUGACGGAGCAGAAGCACCGCACCAUCCUGAAGAAGCUCCGUGCCAAGAUUACAGAGGACGAGAAGGAGAUGAACGAGCUCAAGGCGGCGCGCAGCAAAGCGGACGCAGAAGCGGAAUCCCUCAGGAGGCAGGGGCGGCGGGCCAACGACCUUGAGAAGUUCCAUGAGGAAUCUCUGAAGAGGAUAGGCCAGCUGCAAAAAGACAUCAACAGUCUACGAGCCGAGUCCGCAUCCAAAGAUUCCACAAUAGCCGAUUUAAAGUCACAGUUACAGCAGGCUCAAGACGCCGCGGAAGCACAAAACGCAAAAGCGACCGACCAGGCCCUGGAGAGGGAGAGGAGACGUGCCCAAGAUCUCGAGGACGAGGUGGCGGCUCUCAAAGUGGAGAAGACGCUGGCGGCAGACCGCGCAAAGGCGCAAGCCAGCGAUCUGCAGGAAAAGCUCGAGAGGGCCAACGAACGCGCGCGCGUGGUCGAGGCCGAGCUCAAGGCCGAGGCGCAGGCGCUCGAGGGUAAGCUCGAAGCCAUGCGAGCCCGCGCCGAGGAGGCGUCUUCGGGCGCCGUGGGCGACUCCCAGGCGAAGCUGCUGAGACAGAUCGAGACACUGCAAACGCAGUACGCCAUCGCUAGCGAGAACUGGCAGGGCAUAGAAGCUACGCUGCUGGGCAGGAUAACGAACCUGGAGAGGGAGCGGGAUGAGGCACUACAACGGGAGUCUGACAUGAGGAAGAAGGCUCGAGAAGCUGCUCUUCGAGCGAAACGUAACGAGGAGGAGCUAGAAGAGGCCCGUUCAAGCUUACCCACGGUACAGGAUGACAUUGAGUCAUAUAAGAGCCAGAUAAAAGCUCUCGAGAAGCGCGCUGAACAGGCCGAGGCUGCACUGGUCGAGGCGAAGAAAGAGUUUGAGAAGCAGAAGGCUCUCUGGAAAGAAGAGCAAAAGCAAGCCGAACGUAGCGUGUCAGCCGAUCAACGUGACUGGCUGGAAGAUCUACCGCCUCCCAAUGCGCCUUUUAGGACGACUAGCCGCCCAGAAUCGCCCGUACUUACGCCUCCAAAUAGGAACUGGAGCUCAGACGUCCUCGGCUUUCAAAACAUGCUCGGCAAGCUUCGGAAGCCAUCCGCACCGUCGAGCAACGGCGACGGCGUGGGGGAGAGCAGCUACCGCCCAUCUACGGCCGGACGACGCCCGUCGGCUAGUCCGUGGAUCCCUCAGCAGGCACACAGGCCAUCGAUAGCGGCAUCGAGCGGGCCGCCGGGCCUGCAGACGCCGGCGACGCAGUUCAGCGUCUCGAUGGACCAGCUGCCCGAGUACGAGCCGACCGAGGCGGCGGCGUCGACGCACCAGGUGAUGCAGGACAUGGUAUCGGUGAGCACGGCCGGGGCCGGGCCGACGGUGCAGCUGGUCGAGCGCAUGAGCGCGCAGGUGCGCCGGCUCGAGAACGAAAAGGUCAAGGCGCGCGAGGAGCUCAGCCGCAUGUCCAAGCAGCGCGACGAGGCCCGCGCAGAGAUCGUGGCGCUGAUGCGCGAGGCCGAGGCCGGCCGCUCGGCUAAGGACCGCGUCGCUGCGCUAGAGGCAGAAGUCGCGGCUGUCAACCAGCGGUACGAGACCACCCUCGAACUGCUGGGCGAGAAGAGCGAGGAGGUGGAGGAGCUCAAGGCGGACGUUCAGGACGUCAAGGCCAUGUACAGAGAUCUGAUAGACCGGACACACAAGUGA